UCGUCGAGUCGGUGCUUGAAAAGCAUUCUCCAAUUCUGCAUUUAAUAACUAAAUGAGCGAGGAAAAUGGCGUGUGGAAAUUAUAGUCUUAUAGACCGGAGCCAGAUAUAGAACCAACCAAUCAAACGAGCGCGCUGAUAGUGAGGUUCUUCGAUAUGUAAACAAAGUUCAAAACACGAGGUCGAGAACGCAAUUGCGGUCGAUUUUCCGAUCGAAUUUUUUGUUGUGUAAUUAUACAAAAAACGAAUAAUGAGCACGAACGGCAUGAAAAUGUUAAAGAAAACGAAUCCGUAUCCUCAAGGGAUGCGUUGCCAGAAAUGUUUGGAGAUGGGUCACUGGAGCUACGAAUGCAAGGGAAAGAGAAAGUAUUUGCACAGAUCUUCUCGUACUGCACAACUCAAAAAGGUCUUGCAGAAGCAGCAGGAAAGCAAUGAACAAGAGCAAAAGGAAGAAACAAAGAAAAGUCAUGUCAGGAAGAAAAUGAGAAAGGAAUCCAGCAGUUCCAGUAACUCAAGCUCUUCUAGCAGUGAUGCUAGUAAUACAAGUAGUAGUGAAAGUAGCAGCAGUUCUUCAUCAGACAGCGAAUCAGACUCCAGUGAUAGUCUAUCUAGCAGCAGUAGUAGCAGUAGUAGCAGUAGUAGUAGUAAUAAUUCCAGCCAAUAGUACAGGAAAAAAAAUUUCUCCGGUACCUUGUUUUGUAUUGAUAAUGGCUUAUAUGACCAUGUUAUGUUGAGUAGAACAACUCAAGAAAGUAUGAAGUACAAAUGGAAGUAAAGAAAAAUACAGAACAUUGCUGCUUUAGAUUUACUUCAUAUUAUACAGAGCAAUAUAAUUCACAUGUGAAAAUUACAUUAUUUGUAACUCAAUUUCUUCUCUCGCUAGAUAUAUAUGAUAGAUAUAUUCGUUUGAUAUUGGAUAUUAACUGUCGUAAUUUGAUCAUUUGUUCAUCUCAUGUUUCAUUGCCUCAAGACAAUUUGCUACUUUGAUUUAUAUCAUAAGUUUAAUUUCUU